AUGACAGACGCAUGUAAUGAUGCGUGCAGUAGCGGAGCGGUUCGUUCAACGGCGUCACUUGUCUCGGUUCGGUUUGUUCAAGGGGUCCCCGAGGCAGAUAAGGCAGAGUGCAAGGUUGAGCUUGCACAAAAUUACCAUAUAAAGAACAAAAAAAAAAAAAAAGAAUCCGUCAGCCAUCUCCCCUCGACAACCUCUUUUCUGCCGAGCUCUGACCACAAAAAGAUCCCUACACAAGACAGGUGA